UCUAUCAGCGGUGACAUGCUCCGCCCAGCCUCGCCUAUCAGCAUCUCCAGGCAGCGUAGAAGCGCUGGGAGUCUGGAGGAGCAAGAGCAGGAGCAGGCAGCGCACAGUUUAGCGGCUCCCGCUUUCGUCCGACACUUAGCCAGAGCUGCUCCCCAGGCAGUGGAGGUGAUGAUGGCGGCGGCUGUAGAGAGAGGAGGCGUCCGGGCCGCUUUCCUGAACCCGAGCAGCGGUGGCGGCGGCGGCGGCGGUGGUGGAGCAGCAGCACCAACAACCCUGCCUAGCGGAGCGAUAGCCGGGGCUGUGGUCCUGGGCUCGGGCUCCGGCACCAUGCCUGUACCCAUGAACCUCUUCGCGACCUGGGAGAUAGACCGAUCAUCCCCAAGCUGCGUUCCGAGGCUCUGUACCCUCACACUGAAGAAGUUGGUUGUUCUCAAAGAACUGGAUAAAGAGCUGAACUCCCUCUCUAUAGCUGUCAAAAUACAGGGUUCUAAACGCCUUCUUCGAUCAAAUGAGUACACCCUACCACCCAAUGGACUGAUGGAGACCGAUCUGGAGCUGACAUUCUCACUCCAGUAUCCACACUUUCUGAAGAGGGAUGCUAACAGACUGCAGAUCAUGCUGCAGAGGAGGAAACGCUACAAGAAUCGAACCAUCCUGGGCUACAAGACUUUGGCUGUGGGGGUUAUCAACAUGUCUGAGGUGAUGCAACAUCCAACAGACGGAGGACAGAUCCUGGGUCUCCAUAGCAACGUGAAGGAGGCACCAGUGCGUGUGGCAGAGAUCAGUGUGUUCUCCCUGUCCAGCCAGCCCAUCGACCACGAAGAUGGCAGUGGCCAAGCUGGCCGCAAGACCAAGAUCUCAGACCGCUCCCCUGACAUGGAUAAUUAUUCUGAGGAGGAUGAUGACAGCUACUCUUCAGAGCAAGAAGCCAGCGAUGACGCAGUUCAUGGCCCAGAUCUUUAUGAUGAAGACGAUGAGGUCAGGAAGCCAAAGAAGGCCCGGAGGAAAAUGAUCCGAACCACGUCCAUGACCAGGCAACCUAACUUCAAGCAGAAGUUUGUGGCCUUGCUAAAAAGGUUUAAGGUGACAGAUGAGGUCCUGGACUCUGAUCCAGUGGACCAGACCCAGGAGGUGGAGGAGGAUCUGGACUUACUCUACGACAGUCUGGAGGUGUACAACCAGAGUGACAGUGGGCCAGAGAUGGAGGACAACGAGAGUGUCCUCAGUACGCCUAAGCCUAAACUCAAGCCGUUUUUCGAAGGGAUGUCUCACUCCAGCUCUCAGACAGAAAUUGGAAGCAUACACAGCCAAAAAAGCCAGCAGAGAGAGCUCUCUUGUCCUAGUGGAGACUUUCUGACUGUGGACCGAUGUAAAGUGCAAGGAGUCCGUUAUCAGGAUGACAGCGUCAUAGAUACAACUACUGGGGAGCCGGAGACUGACGACAAUGGGCCAGGGCAGGCAGAGGUGAGCACCUGGGAUAUCAACACUGAACGGAUAACCAGCUCUGUGGGAAAGCUCUGCAAGACUGAGUCCCAAAACCACAUGUCUCCCAGUAAAGCGGAGAACAAGCUGCAGAGACGUCCUCGCAGCACCUCCAUGAAAGACCGGCAGAACUCCAAGGCUCAGAGCGACAGGACCAGCAGCAUGGAGAGUGAAUGCUCCCCAGACUCACGACUCAUAGCACAGGUUCCCAGGAAGUCUGUGUAUGAUCAACUGAACCAGAUCCUCAUCUCUGAUGAACGCCUUCCAGAGAGCAUCAUCCUUAUUAACACCAUGGAAUGGCAAGGACAGUUUGUGGCCGAGUUGCUCCAUGAACAGAGCCAGCCCAUUGUGUCCACCUGCUCUGCUGCCGAUGUUCAGGCUGCCUUCAACACCAUCGUUACGCGCAUCCAGAGAUUCUGUAACUGCAACGCACAAACACCACCAACGAUGAAAGUGGCGGUGGCUGGCGACCAGGGUUACCUCAGCACCAUUCUGCGGUUCUUUGUGGAGCAGUUGGCGAACAAGACACCUGACUGGCUGAGUUACAUACGCUUCCUGGUGAUCCCUAUAGGUUCUCAUCCCCUGGCAAAGUAUGUGGCCUCGUUUGACAGCAGGUUCAACAGCAUCUUUAUGGACACUGCGUGGAGAGAGCUGUUCUGCAGGACAGAGCGGCCUGUCGCAGAUAACAUAGAUGUAGCAGGACGAGUGGUCCAGUAUCUGGCCGGUGCCAACGUGUCCCACCAGUUCCCCAUCUCAGAAGCCAUGCUCACCUACAAACAGAAGAGGAAAAGGAGUUUGUAUUUUGAUUUUUACAUCAGUCCUGACGAGGAUUCCUGUCAGAAAUUUGUGCCAUUUAUCGGGGUGGUUAAAGUUGGGAUUGUGGAGCAAAGCCUCUCAACCUCAGUGGACUCAGAUGAUGCGAUGGGAGGCAACACAAGCAUCCUGAUGUCCCCAACACCCCCAUCAGCUGGUCUGUAUGGGAAGGAGAUCGGGGGAACUCCCCCUCAGUCUCCCUCUGUUUCCACUGCCCUCUCUGGAGCUGGUUCUCCGUGUUCAGGCAAUGAGGUGAUGGGGCUCCAGGUGGACUACUGGACGUGGCAAGGCCCAGAGAAGAAGAAGGAUGGUGAGAAGAGAGACGUAGGACUGAAAAACACCCUGAAGAGUAAUUUCCGCUCUCUGCAAGUCAGUCGUUUACCCUGUGGAGGGGAACUCACCCCUCCGCCCAGCAUGGCCAUGACUGUUGUUACCAAGGAGAAGAACAAGAAAGUGAUUUUCCUCAGCAAGAAGCCCAAGGAGAAAGAGCUGGACUCUAAGAGCCAAGUGAUUGAUGGCAUCAGCAGGUUGAUCUGCACAGCCAAGCACCAGCACACCAUGUUGAGAGUCACUAUUGAUGGAGUGGAGUGGAAUGAUGUGAAGUUUUUCCAGCUUGCUGCCCAGUGGCCGACACAUGUCAAGCACUUCCCGGUGGGAGUCUUUGGCUACACUAAGCCCGUGUGACUGUGGCCAGCUGUCACCUCGGCCCCCACCGGACUCUCCACUGCACUUGUCUCACUGAGAGGCUGCAGAGCAUCAGAGGAAACGCCAAGCAGCCCCAGGCAGUAAUAGUUUUCCUGUGGAAAUCUUACUGACUCACAGCCGUGUUCAAUACACAAACUUCAUGUCGUCAAUUUGAUGUUUUCGAUGUUGAUGUUGUCGGGUGUUGUUGUUUUUUUUACUACACUACAGAAAGAACAAGUACUAUUUUGUAAGAUUUGUGCUACCGCCUCUGAGGUAUUUUGAGGUUUUUUGACAAUUUGCCACAUUUUGAUAAUGGCAGCUGUGUUUGCACUUUGUUUUUGUUAACAUUUUAUUAUUUCUGUGAAAUCCUACAUUUAUUAUUACUCUAUAGACAAUGGAGGAGUGUGGUGGUGACGUGCAGUGGCGUGUGUGAGGUUGUUUGAGACCGUGUAUUGUGCUUGUUGUUGAAAGUUGGAAUAUUGCUGUGAAUCUAGAUGGAAUCCUCUUCUAACUGUCUUACUUGUCCCUUUACUUCAUCGCAAAGGUCAAUUUUUAUAGAAAGGAACUUUUCGUUUACUUUUAAGCAAAUCAAAAAAGACAAGUGAUUGCGCAAGGUUAUUUUUUUGAAGGUAGCUAUAAUGAAUGUAGCUAUGACUCAUUUGUAAGAUGUUAGCAGUUAGUCACAUGACUUCAUUAAUGUAAGUACUGGAGAGUUUGUAUCCGUGUUAGUGUACAUUUGGACAGUACAGUAACAGUGGCUUAGAAGCAGGGUUAAGUAACUAACAACUUAUUUCAACUCCCAACAGCUAAACGCCAAAUUUAGUUGUGACUGUGUGAACCGUCUUAUUGUUUCAAGGUCCUGAAAUGUUUUUCACACUUUCCCAACUGUAGUUCUCACCCUGUGUUGUAAUUGGGCAGCCUUGGCACAAAUCCAUUGUUUCUUUGGUAAACACGACCACGUUAUAUUCAGCUUGACGUCAUUGGUUUGUCUCCCAGAUUUGCAGUAACUUCGCAAAAACACGGAUUGCUCCAAAAUGUGCAGUGACGUGCCAAAGUCAAGUUUGUUUGUUUUUCUUAUAGUGUAAGCACCAGAGCUCUUGGCUUGGCCAAACUUUAUAGUAUGUUAAACUUUAAAAAAAAAUAUAUAUAAUGUACAUGUGGUCUCCGUGGAGACCAGUAUUAAGAUUACUGAAUUUUUAUUCUAUAAAACGACAUAUAUAUAGAUAUAGAUAUAUAUUUAACGUCCGAUUAAUGUUCCAUAUUCAGCCAAAUGUAAACACAUCAACUAUUUACAGUACAUGUGCAUGAGUAAAUGUCUGGUGCACAUCUUAACCAACCGCUGUGCCCUUUAAUGCAGCUGUGUCAUGGCUGGACAUGCAAGUAGUACUUAACUUAAAACUCAGUAGAGGUUGGCCAUUCAGUAUUGUGACGUAGGGUAAUGAAUUGGUCUGAUUUGAAAAUGUGCUUUGACAGUAUUGUUCAAACGCAAUGCAAAGUAUUGAACUGCUUUUUAAAGAAAAAAAACCAACAUGAUACCAAGUGUAUUGAGUCUUGCCAGAUGUCCGAGUCACUGCCUGUGUGUCUGUGUGUCUGUGUGUCGGUAUGCUUCAUGUUCGAUGGUACUCCCUCAGUCGAGUCAUGAGGAAUUUUUGCAAGAGGAAACCUUUGGACAAAAAGAGCCUUCUGUAUGAGUUUGUUGUUGCUUUUUCUAGCGUGGAAAAUGUAAAAGCUUUUGGUAGGCUGGCUUUUU